UGUAAAGCAAGGAAAAACUGAUUUGAAAUGCUUUGGGUAUUCAGCCACAAGCAGACUUUGCAAAUCAGUUCCCCAGUGAACAACUGGAUGAUUUUGAAGUAAACAUCAAGGAGAAAAAUGAUGAAAAGCAACGGUUGAUGCAAGUGUAUCAAGAAUCAAAGUCUGCAAUUAUUGCCAUUAUGACUGAACUUACAAUUGUUCCAACACUGGAAUUUGAGAAACUUGUAUGUGGGAAGGACACAGCUUUCAGACCAACUGGGGAGAAUAUGACUGCACUAAAACAAUUACACCAGAGGUUAGAACAUCAACUGGAAGACACAAAAGCUCAAAUCGAUGAGUUGCAUGAAAAACUCGCGCAACUUUGGAACCGUCUCCAUGAAGAAUACAGGCGCAGAGAGUUCCUCGUUACUCAUUGAGGAUACUUUGCUGCUACUUUGAAAGCCUUGAAGGAUGAAUUAAAGAGAUGUGAAGAACUCAAACGCCAGAAUAUCAAAUGCUUUGUUGAGGAGAUUCGGAAAGAGCUCAAACACUGGUGGGAUAAGUGUUUGAUUAGCGAAGAAGAGUGCAUGGAGUUUCGACCAUAUUCUUCAGAUCUCUUGGAAUUAUAUGAACUUGAAGUCCAUAAGUUUCAGUCUCACUAUGAGCAAAAUAAUGUGAUUUUUCAAUUGGCUUACCAGUGUCAGGAACUUUGGGACAAAAUGUUAGAGUUAGAAAAUCGAGAAAAUGAUCCAAACUGUCUAUUCCAUAAUUGUGGAGGCCAGCUGCUAGUCGAAGAGAAAGAAAGGAAGGUAAUCCAAAAGGAAUUGCCGAAGGUUGAAAAGGAGCUGAUUUAGUAUGUCAGCCUUUAUGAGGAACACCAUAAGAAACCGUUCAAGAUCAAUGGUCAACCAGUCUCAGAUAUUAUUAAUAGUCAGUGAACAUUGCAUAAAGAACAGGAAAGAAAGCUAAGAAAUUUGCAAGAGAUCGUCUGCUUGAUGUUGAAUCCAAAAUGGGAUCUCGGUAAAGAGCUUCUAAACUUAAGAAUGUACCAGGAACUCCUCUUCACAGUUCACAUAAAUUUCAGAAGGUCGCCAGAAGUGACGGGACCUUUGCCUUAGAGAACAUCCCUCGUCCUAUUCAGCAAACUGUGGUUCCUAGGAAUAUUUUUGCAGAAAUAGGAACAAAUUAUGAUCCAGAAGCUUCAAAUAUGACAACCUAUACAGACGUCAAGAAUAAUCUACUGCAAACUCCUGAUGAUGAUGAUGCUGCUUGUACUUCUGAUGCUCUUGCAUGUGGAACAUCUGGAAGUGUUAAACCAAGAAGCAACAUACAGGAGCUCUGUGGUCGCAGGCCACUGCAUCCAUCAGUGUGACACCCCUGCUAGAACACCCUCUAAAAUACCUUCAAAGAUAUUACCACCACGUAGCACGAAGAAGACAUCACAGACAUGGGUAACACCAAUGAAACCUCCACAGAAAAAUGUUACAGGUCAGGCAUCUUCAUCAAAACUCCUCCAAAAGAUUGUGCCAACUUCUGGGGCACACCCAAAAGCCCAAUGAAUCAAAAGAGGCACAGCAGUAACAUGCCAUUUAACCACUCCAAGAUGGCAGCUCCCUAUAAUUAUGUGACUUACUUGGUAACUUGUUAAGGCUGCAGAAAUAUAAAAAUCUUCAUAUUCUUUACAAUUAAUGAAUAUUCCAUGACAAAUACUAAAUACACUUCACACAUUGACAUACAAACAUGAACAUCACUCUCAAAGAAAUUACUGCUUGCUUGUUUGUGACCUACUAUACACUUUUAUACAACCCUGCAAAACAAACAGCUUUCAUAAAUCUUAUCACAAAACUUCUUUUAACAUCAACUAUGAGUGGCUGUACAGCUCC